GGGAGCGUUGUGAACACAGAAUGCUGAGGAUUCCAUUCAAGCCACUGUCAGAGAGGAUGUUUGAGGAGCCCUUCUGGUUGGGCCUGAUGACUGUGGCUAUUGUCAUGGGCUGCAUUGGAAUUAUCUUUUGCAUUAAAAAGCAUUUUGCCGAAAAAAUUGAGAAGUUCUUCGCCGAGGAGAUUGAGAGGAGCAAAUAUGGUGCAAUGUCCCCCGCGCCCUCCCGUCUGGCGCCUCUGCCUAGUCCUACGGGGCUCAGCCCUCGUCCUCGUCCAAAGUCCCUGUUUGUGCGGCUCAAUAGUUUCCGCAAAGCCUCGCUUCUUAGCCUGUCCUCGACAGCGUCCAGUCCACAGUGCGAGGCUCCCGCAUUUACCUUUGACGAUUUGCUCAGGCUGCAUAAACGUACAGGUGGGUCAGUAGCAGCUACCAGCAGCGGCAGUCCACGUCGUAGCAGUCAUAAGUGUCGCUCUCAGACAGCUAGCCCACGUGCUGACAGCAAAAAGAUUUUGCGUCAUUUGGUCACCCCUCCUGUUGGCCACCGUGCCGCAAGCUUUGAUGAAUUUCUCCACCUACGAACCCAAAUUCCCAAGUGUAGUGUGGUGUCGGAGGAAUAUAAUCAUCUGCAGAACGUUGAUAAUAGGACUUCUUCCUCUGUGGUGGUAGAACGUACUCGCAGUGCUGACAUAGCCACAGAGCUUCUCCGUAGUGAUGUUGGUGAUGAGUGCAUUCCUGAGGGGCUUAUUCGGGAAACCUCUCUCAUUUCUCUUGCACCUUCACCCUCCAAACAGGACAAAAGAGUCACAUUUGCCAAGCUUUUGGACAAAAUGUCCAAAGAGAUGAGUUCUUCUUCUUCAGACAUGAGCUGCAAUGAAGAAAAGUCACCCAGUAGAAUAUUUAAUUUUGGUGGUGCACGACGGUCCCCAAGAAGAUCUCCAAGAAUACGACAUACACAGAGAUACAGUGGAUCUGGAAGUGAGGAUGUGAUGGAAACACCUGACGUCUCAUCAUCCGAGAUGACGCCUGAUCCCCCAAAGAGACUCCUCACAGUGAAGAGCUCAUCGUCUCCCUCCUCCAAAACAUCAUCACCACAGAGUCGCACUAAAAUGGUUAAAAUAUCCUCUGCUGAUUCCUUAUUAGCGAUGAUAAAAAAUUUUGGUGGAUCUGGCCGUCCUUCCUCCAACCCAUCUAGUCCUCAUGGCUCUGAAUUUGAUGAUUCUUCAACCCAUGCAUCACCCUCCACCACACCCACCACACCACAGAAAACACCACCACAGUGCAAGCAAGACACACUUACUGUUCCUGGGACAUUGCAGGUGCAGGUUCAGUCUGCAGGUGGGUCUACUCAAAAUUCUGGGCCUGUCAUCACCCUGGAAGUGCCCAAUAAUGAUCAACAUCGUUGUCUGUCGCCUAUUACGGAGCUGCCCACACCAGUGCCUACACCUGUUCCUUCACCACUACCCACACCAUGCAGGUACCGACCUAAGCCACGCACAAGUUCAGAAUCUAAUGACAACAAGGAUAGUGAAGAUACUGAAUCAGAAUUUUCUCUCUCUAUAUCUGUGGAGCGCAGUAGUUCUGACAGCUCUGGUCCGGAUCACCGUAUCUUUUUCACUUCCUUGAAGAGCUUGCACAGUCUUGCCAAUGCUAGUGCAAGGUCAGAGACUCUCUCUCCCACUGGUGCCACUGUUACACCCUCUUCUUCUCUUUCAUCCAGGACUCCUUCUCCGGUAACAUCACCCAAUAUUUCACCUGCAACUUCACCUAAAGUUAAAACAAAGCCUCCGCCAUUACACAUUCCAAAUGCCAAUUUACUUCACUUCAGUCCUGAAAAGGGUGAAAGCUCUUCUGAUGGUGCCUGUGGAGGUAUUACCAUACCUGUUCCUAUGAUCAAGGUGGAGGACACUGAUAAUGUGCAGUGGGACUCUGCACCACGAACACGCUCGCAGAGUGUUGAUGUAGGAAGAAUCUUGCAGGCUCCUAUCAUUACAAUCUCCUCUGCUGACGAUGAUCCUCAGUCACCGCCACUGCCACAGCCUCUUAUAAUACCAACACUUAAUGUUACAUUAGCUUCACCCCCAGCAUUGAGAAAGCAGUAUCCACCUGUACCUACCAUUAGCAUUGAGGCACCUCAGCCCUCCAAACCUCCGGUUCCUCCUCCAAGGCGAUAUCCGCUACAACGAGAGAAAGCUGGAUCGUUGGAUCUACAGCCAACUCCUACCAUAACAGUUACCAACAUGCUCAGUGAAGUUGAGUCUGACACAGACUCUCCCACAAGUGGGUGCCGGAGAGAUGGACCUUCUUCUUGCUACCUCAGUCCCUUUCUAGGGGUUGAUCUAAGAGCAUCUGAAUCUAAUCUUAGCUCAUCAGGAUAUAGUUCUGCAUACUCACCAGGACCUUCACGGUGCUCGUCUAAUAAUCCACUGUGUCCUGAGGAACCAACAACUCCCUCCGUGUCAUCAAUACCUUCCCGGCCCUUACAAAUCCCCAGUCCUCCACCUGCUAUAACUCCUCCAAAUAGAUCAAAACGCCGACCUCUGCUCAAAUCGCCACCAACAGAAAUCGCACCCAUAUCUACUCCCUCCCCGCUUCUCCAAACUGACUCUGAAACCACGGAUGAUCCUGCUGCUUCCCAACCAGAAGCUGAUUCUGCUCUGGAGCUGGAUACUAAUGACGAGUGUAGUGAUGGUGUAAUGCAGAGAAAUGAAGUGCAAAAGACUGGCUGUAUGGAUGAAGGAGAAGCACAGCGGCAGAGGCUGCUGCUCUCCACUAGCCAUUCUUUUCCUAAAGAGUCGCCUCGCUUAACAAGAUCUCCACCAGCUAUUGUGGUCCAUGGCUCGCUGCAUAGUGAGUCAUCUUUAGAAGACUGUCUAAAUGAAAAACCUGCCAGAUUAAGUCCAGUCAGUUCCCGUAGCGAAUCUCCCAUCAGUGACUCUCGUCUUAGUGUAGCAAGGAUAUAUCCAGCUUUUUUUGGUGUCAGUGGAAAACCUGAGUUACCAUACACUGACUCUGAUGGUCUCUAUGACUGCCCAUCCUCAGAGGUUCUUCAUUCAGAUUCCCAUGCUACAACUUCCCCACUCAAACGCCUCGGUCGGAAGCGACUAAAGCGAUCUCCAGGAAAGGGGCUUAAGUCUUUGUUAGGCAUAGGAAAUGUUAGACCCACCGAGGGAAUUACUGGAGGUGGGGUUACAGGGCAAAAUGAAGGAGUCAAGAGUCGCCUUGAGCCACCUCACUGGGAUCGAUCACCACGUCGGCAUUCGCCCAAGAGACGUGUUAGAGCACAAACCAGUGUUGAUCUUCUGUCAUCGUCUAAUGACAGCAUCACUUCACAAAGCCCAGUGGGCAGCAGCUCCAGCCCAGGCGAGAAUGAAGAGGCACCGUCACAUGAGGAUGAGCGCUUACGUGAUGGCAGUUCUGUAGGAGGCCGUGGUGGCCGCCGCAGACGGCCGCUUCUUAGAGGGGAGUCCAUUCCCUCCAAGUACUUGACUCGUCAAGGCUCUGUGGAUGCAUCUGGCGAGGAAACUCAGGAGGAGCAGUUGAUGCUGAAGCCAUCCAGAGGUAUAGAAGAGCUUCCUAGACACAGAAAAGUCUCUCGCUUUAGAAACUUUGGUAACCAGAUCCGGUUCCUUCGGCGUCUUCAGCUUUCACGGGGUGGUAAGGAUCACCUAGUCUCACCAGCAGGAAGUUCAGACUCUGACCCUGAGUGUGGUCCUCCUAUGGGGCCCUCGUGCACAGGACCCUCGAACAAGAGCACAAGCAGCAGCAGCAGUAAAGGAAGCAGAAGCCCUAGCAGCCAGAUCAAGUACAUGCCCGUCAGUGGUGGCUGUGUUACACAGUCAUUAUCACCAUGA